AGCAAGUGGAUUUGACUAACGAACAUCGGCACCGAGAGAUCUUUCUCGAAGGAGGUCGUUCAUAUCUGAGUUUGAUUUGUUUUUGAGAAGGUUCCGCAAGCAUAACCUGCAGAAAUACACGAUAUUUGUGAAGAAAAUACUUUGGUUUAGUGUUUAAUGAUAUUGUUCUAUGAUAGUGUUGAGAGAUUGAUAAAUAUAUAUAUAUAUAAUUGCAGUGGUAGUGACAGUGAAAUCCGGGAUUGCAAAUCGGUUGAUACUAAAACUGUUAAUGAGUAGUCUUAGUGGUUUGUUAGGAUGAGAAUUGGACAGUCGUGCUGGGUGCUGCUGGCAGUCGUGCUACUGUCCCCAAUCCAUGCCGAAAAGAAGAACACCGACAAUGUCGAUAAGGCCGAUGAUGGCGAGAAAACUCAGGAGAAGAUAUCAGCGUCUCUCAAGCUCGCCGAUGAGGACGUCAAAAACAGGACGAGUAAAGUACGAGGAGUAGUGGCAUCCGUAAUGAAGACACCGGAGAAGCGGGAACAAAUCGGCGAGGUAAUACCAAUAAUACGUAGCAUGUCGCAGUCACAAAAGCUGGCAAUGGCAACUCUAAUCUCCACUAGAAUAUCCAAUAACGACACGACCUCUUCGCCACUUGAGGAAGUCCAGUCUCUUCUCGGCGGAAACAGAGAAAAUGCGAGCAGGGAUUUGAUGCUGCCGAUCAGCAUGGACAUAGCGAAGAUCAUAUCCAACGAUUCCGACUCCGAGGAAAGCGAAGAGGAGGACGAGGACGUGAUACCCGAGGUGUUACCUGAAGCUCAAGAGCUGCGUUUAGUUAGAUCGCAAGAGCGACGGCGGCCUAUAAUCGUUAAACCAAUACGACCCAAGAGGCCGUCUCUUCCAAACAGAAGGAACGUUUACACAGGUUUAUCGAGGCCGCCCGUAAUGCGGCCAACUAAACGGCCGAACGAUCCGAAGAGGAGGCCCACGGAAAACGAAUGCACUUUCUUCACGAAGACGGUGUGUCUCGAGGCCAACGAUUAUCCACACGAGGCGAUAAUAAGAAGUUUAAGGUCCAAUAAGGAAAUGGUAUCGGCAUUGUUGACCGAUUAUAAAGCGCAAGACGGAAGCGCGGAAGAAAAAUUGCCAAGCGCCCUACCAUUGGAGAACAGAUACGAGAACAAUGAGAUUAAAAGACGAUCUGACAAUCCCUUCGACAACGUAGAGGAGGGUUUUACCUGUCCAUCAACUGUCAAAUAUGCUCGCCCGCAAUUAGCAAGAGCUGCUUCCGGAGCAUGGAAGUAUAUAAUAAACACAGGUGAACACACUCAGACGAUACGACUGGAGAAAUGUUCCAAUCCACAGUCAAGUUGCUCGUUCAUCUCAGAAAACUAUCGUUCCUCCUGCGUGCAAAUCUAUAACUAUCACAGAUUGCUGACCUGGGACCAGAAACUGGGACUCCACAUGGACAUAUUCAAAGUGCCGACCUGUUGCAGCUGUCACGUACACGGUUACGCCGAGAUCUUCCCGCCGCAUCAAAAGGAUCCCCCGACGAAGCCCAAGGAGUCAUUCCCGGGCGCCGAUUUCGCGUCGAUCAACGACCAGAAGGACGAUUUUCAGGAUCUCAACAAGCCUGUCGUCCUCAAUCAUAUUACCAAGUAUACUCCCAGCAUAAACUUCGACUCCAGCCACGUGUCCAGCAACAAGAACCCGGUGUUGGAGAUCAACCCGACGAGUAGACCCAGCUUUACUCUGCCUGGUAGCAGAACUAGGCCGAAGAAGCCCUCACCGAUCCCGCGGCCGUACGACAAAUUGCCGCAACAGCAUGCGCCCAACACGCGAGCACCGGGUUACAAAGGACCAUUGACCAAGAGCAGCAGGCCCAACCGACACAACAGGCCACCUUACAGACGAGAAUCCACCGUUCACGAAGAUUACACGGAGACUUCUCGUAAUACGACCAGUCGAUACAGUCAGCCGUACGAUCAGGAUGUGGAUGCAACGUCGAGACUGCAAAACGGAGGCUUUGACGACGAGUACCAGGAACCGCAAAGGAGAAUCAACUAUAACUACCACCCAAUCAUAGACUUUUUUAAGCCGGAGGCUUCCAUGUUGAAAUCCGCAGAACCGCAACUCGUCACCCAGUCGGCACCGGUCCAAAGUGACAACAACGCGUGGAAGCCAAUGAUAUCUUAAAUCCUAGUGUUCUUCCUUCGGAGUACCUGACAUCCUACUUUAAUGAAGAUUCCAAAUCACGUAUUUCACGAAAUUCGCGUUUCUUACAUUGAUAUCUACGAUCGUGAGAGAAUAAUAUUUCCUAGAGAAAAAUACAGCGUCCUGUGCGGUAACAUGUUCAUUGUUUAUGUGCCUCUAAGACUUUUAUGUUGGAUUCAAACAAAAGAAGAAAGAAUC